AUGGCACGCAACAAUGGCGACAAUGCCCGCGCCCUCCACCGGUUCUACGUUCACCUGGCAUACAACCAUUGGAACGGUCUCGUGGAGUUGAGUUACAAUGAUGAGGAGAGCACGGAGCGGUGGCGCACGUUCAAGGGGCAACAGCAGCGCGCAAAGGAAAUAUACGAGCGUGUGGUGCCGGGGAGUAAGGGGUAUGAAAGGCAGCAGAGAUGUGGUCGUUCUGAAGAGCCCAGUGUAGUAUCGACCGACGGGGACGGUGACGGAGGUGAUGGCGAGGAAGAUGACGAGGAUUCUGGUGGCUUCGGCUUCACCCCCGAGAUAUCAGAGGAGGUGUUUGAAAAGUCGUUGGAGGAUUGGGAUAGGGAGUUGAGGGAGGGGAAGGAGCCUCAUAUCAGCUAUUGGCUGGUGCAGGAAAGGAUCAACGCGACUGAGGGGUGA